ACUCCGGAUCCCCGCGAAGAAGACCCAAGCAAAACCAAGCUGAGUUCAGAGCGUCUCUUUUUCUUUUUCAUUCAUUUCAGCUUCCAAGGGUUUAGGGUAUCUGUGGUUUUGUGAUUUCUGUUCAGAAAUUCGUGUUCAUAAUGGCAUCUGCGGCUCAGAUUCAUGUCCUCGGUUGUACUUCAUUCCCUUCUGCGAAGAAAUCUUGGGGUAACAAUGGAAGCUCUUCGAGAACUGUCUUCUUUGGGCAAAGAUUGAGUAGUGGAGGAGCUUCUUUGGGAUUGCCCCGGUCGGCCUUCUUGAAGCUGAAGAGAAAUGUAAAGAGAGAUUCUGCAGUUGGCCCUGUUCGUGUGGUCAACGAGAAGGUGGUUGGGAUUGAUUUAGGAACUACGAAUUCAGCUGUGGCCGCGAUGGAAGGAGGAAAGCCAACGAUUAUAACGAACGCCGAGGGCCAACGGACGACGCCUUCUGUGGUCGCUUACACCAAGAAUGGUGAUAGGUUAGUUGGGCAGAUUGCGAAGAGGCAGGCUGUGGUUAAUCCAGAAAAUACGUUCUUCUCUGUGAAAAGAUUCAUUGGGAGGAAGAUGUCUGAAGUGGAUGAGGAAUCAAAGCAGGUUUCUUAUAGGGUGGUUAGAGAUGAGAACGGGAAUGUGAAGCUUGAGUGUCCUGCUAUUGGGAAACAGUUCGCUGCUGAGGAGAUCUCUGCACAGGUAUUGAGAAAGCUUGUGGAUGAUGCGUCCAAGUUUUUGAAUGACAAAGUUACCAAAGCCGUGAUUACAGUGCCUGCGUACUUCAACGACUCCCAAAGGACGGCAACAAAGGAUGCUGGACGUAUUGCUGGUUUAGAGGUUCUCCGUAUUAUCAACGAACCUACGGCUGCUUCACUUGCAUAUGGUUUUGAGAAGAAGAACAAUGAAACCAUUUUAGUGUUUGACCUUGGAGGUGGCACAUUUGACGUGUCAGUUCUUGAGGUUGGAGAUGGAGUGUUUGAGGUGCUGUCUACCUCGGGAGAUACUCAUUUGGGUGGUGAUGACUUUGACAAGAGAAUUGUUGAUUGGCUUGCAUUAGAGUUCAAGAGGGAUGAAGGCAUAGAUCUUUUGAAGGACAAGCAAGCUCUUCAGCGUCUCACUGAGACUGCUGAGAAAGCAAAGAUAGAGUUGUCAUCAUUGACCCAGACAAGUAUAAGCUUGCCUUUCAUUACUGCAACCGCGGAUGGCCCCAAACAUAUUGAAACCACCCUCACAAGGGCCAAGUUUGAGGAAUUGUGUUCAGAUCUGCUUGACAGGCUUAAAACCCCAGUGGAAAAUUCUCUAAGAGAUGCAAAGUUAGCCUUCAAGGAUUUAGAUGAGGUCAUCCUUGUUGGAGGAUCAACACGUAUUCCAGCUGUCCAGGAGCUUGUAAAGAAGUUGACCGGAAAAGAACCCAAUGUCACAGUCAAUCCUGAUGAAGUUGUUGCUCUUGGGGCUGCAGUUCAGGCUGGUGUAUUGUCUGGAGAUGUCAGUGACAUUGUGCUCCUGGAUGUGACUCCAUUGUCCCUGGGUCUGGAAACGUUGGGUGGUGUAAUGACGAAGAUCAUCCCAAGGAAUACAACAUUGCCCACCUCAAAAUCAGAAGUGUUCUCAACAGCUGCAGAUGGUCAGACCAGUGUUGAGAUCAAUGUUCUUCAGGGUGAGAGGGAGUUUGUGAGGGACAACAAAUCUGUUGGCAGUUUCCGUCUGGAUGGUAUCCCACCCGCACCACGUGGUGUACCCCAAAUUGAAGUCAAAUUUGACAUUGAUGCCAAUGGUAUCCUUUCUGUUACGGCUAUUGAUAAAGGAACUGGAAAAAAACAAGACAUCACCAUUACAGGUGCUAGCACCUUGCCCAAUGACGAGGUUGACAGGAUGGUGAAGGAAGCUGAGAAGUUUGCAAAGGAAGACAAGGAGAAGAGGGAUGCCAUAGACACAAAGAACCAAGCAGAUUCUGUUGUGUACCAGACGGAAAAGCAAUUGAAGGAAUUAGGAGACAAGGUCCCUGCCCCUGUCAAGGAGAAGGUUGAGGUGAAACUUGGUGAGCUCAAGGAUGCAAUAUCUGGUGGGUCAACCCAGGCUAUAAAGGAUGCCAUGGCCACCCUCAAUCAGGAAGUAAUGCAACUUGGCCAGUCUCUCUAUAACCAGCCUGGAUCACCUGGUGCUGGUCCUGCACCUGGAGGCGAAACUGGGCCUUCGGAUUCAGCAAGCAAGGGACCUGAUGGUGAUGUUAUUGAUGCUGACUUCACGGACAGCAAAUGAGAGGAAGUGGGAGAUUAUUGGUGAGCAUUCCUGGCUUUUUUCUUGGGGCCACCCACAAUGUGCAGAUUUUGGAAAUGUAUUGAUCAACAUGAGGUUUUCUUUUUGUUUUUCAAAAUCCUAUCAGUUUGGGUGUUUUUGUAAAGGGAACAAUUAUAGAGAAUAGAGGAUUAUAGAUACUUGCGGUUGCCCACAGUAAAAAAUCCAGCAAUGCCAACCUCGUAUGACUUUGGUUGGUGUUAAUGGGUCGCAGAAGAAUAAGUAGAACUAGUUUUCCAUGGGAUAUUCUCAUGUAUCUGCUCUUUCUUCAAAAUGAUCUGCCAGUUGCCUAUCCAACUUUGUAAUGAGGAUGAUGAAAGCAUGUACAAAAGCUGCAUUGUUUCUCUA